UGUGUAUACUGUAUCUGACCCCUCAGGCAACAAAAAUAAUUGCUCAUUUACAAUUGUUGUUAAGGACAAAGAACCACCUGUUCCAAGUUGUCCAUCACUAGUUAAUACUGGUGUGACUGAUGAGGGAAAACCAAAUGGCACCGUCAGCUACAACCUUAAUGUCACUGAUAAUGUUCAAGUUGCCAUGUUCUCAACCAACUAUACAGACAUUGAUCCAGCUGCCAUGACACUUGAUGCAGCUUAUGAUGUUUUUGAGACUACUGGUGUAUUUCCAAUUGGAGAAACUAUAAUUGAAUAUGUCUUCACUGACAAUGGAUCUCCUACAGGAAAUGAAGCUACAUGCUAUGUCAAAAUACAAAUUGAGGAUCAAGAAAACCCUGAGAUUGUUGAUUGUCCAAUGGAUAUAAUAGUAAACACAACACAUGGACAACCAGUUGCUAUCAAUGUCACAUGGACGGAGCCAACAGCUACUGAUAACUCUGGAGAGACACCAGAACCAGAGUCUGACUACACCUCUGGUGACAAUAUGUUUGUGAUUGGUGACACAACAGUGCAGUACAAUGCAUCAGAUUCAAGUGGUAACUCCAAUGAUCGCUGCAGCUUUACUGUCACUGUUGAAGAUAAUGAGCCUCCGGUUAUAGCUUGUCCUACAAAUAUUACUUCAAACAACUACAUCAAUGAAUCUCUUGGUGUACUAAGUGUGAGCACAGAUGAAGGAAGUCCAAAUUCUACUGUCACAUGGGAUCAACCUGUCACAAGUGACAAUAGUAAUGAAAAUGUGACAGUAUUAUCGUCACCAUACCAAUCAGGUGAUAUGAUACCAGUCGGAAACUCUCCUAUUGAGAUUGUCUUUACGGCAACUGAUUCUUAUAGUAACGCUGAUACUUGUGUAUUUACUAUCCAAGUCCAAGACAAAGAACCACCUGUUCCAAGUUGUCCAUCACUAGUUACUGGUGUGACUGAUGAGGGAAAACCAAAUGGCACCGUCAGCUACAACCUUAAUGUCACUGAUAAUGUUCAAGUUGCCAUGUUCUCAACCAACUAUACAGACAUUGAUCCAGAUAGCAUGACAAUUGAUGCAGCUUAUGAUGUUACUGUCACUAUUGGUGUAUUUCCAAUUGGAGAAACUAUAGUUGAAUACAUCUUCACUGACAAUGGAUCUCCCACAGGAAAUGAAGCUACAUGCUAUGUCACAAUACAAAUUGAGGAUCAAGAGAACCCUGAGAUUGUAGAUUGUCCAAUGAAUAUAACAGUUAACACAACAAAUGGGGAACCAGUUGCUAUCAACGUCACAUGGACGGAGCCAACAGCUACUGAUAAUUCUGGAGAGACACCAGAACCAGAGUCUGAUUACACCUCUGGUGACAAUAUGUUUGUGAUUGGUGACACAACAGUGCAGUACAAUGCAACAGAUUCAAGUGGUAACUUCAAUGAUCGCUGCAGGUUUACUGUCACUGUUGAAG